AUGACUAUUUAUCUCGUCCCGACGACGUUUACAAGAGAAUAUGUCUCGUGCAACGUUUAUUAUCAUCCAUUAUUGAAACCCUGAGAGUGUCUAGACCAUAAAAGUGAAGUUUUAUUGAAUUUUACAUCCAGUUAUCGUUAAGCAUUGACAAUUGUUAGUGUUUUUUGUUUAUUGUUUAUCAUAAGAACAAAACUUCUUUAUUUCGAGAACAAGAAAAAUUUAUUUUUUUAUAAAAACUAUACUUAAAUUCGUUAUCAACAGAAAAUGAGCUUACAAGAAAUUGAAAUUAAGAAAAUUGCUGGACCAUUCGAUCUUAGUGAGGGUCCACACUGGGAUGAUUUAAAUCAAGUUCUUUAUUUUGUCGACCUGAUGGCUAAAACGAUCCAUGCAUAUGAUCCAGUAACAACGAAAGUUACAAAAGCUAUUAUAAACAAUGGUCCAGUUGGGUUUAUUAUACCAGCUGCUGGAAAAAAAAAUACUUUUAUCGCUGGGAGUGGCACUGAUCUAGUCCAAGUAAUUUGGGAUCCAAAGUUUGAUAAUUUAAAUCCUGAUUUCAAGAUAUUGACAACUGUGGACGUUGGGAAAUCAAAUACACGAUUCAAUGACGGCAAAGUUGAUUCUUUUGGCCGAUUAUGGGCUGGUACAAUGGGACACAUAGGUAAUACUUUUCCACCCAAUCAAGGAUCACUUUACAGAUUUGGAGCUGAUUAUGUCCCAAACACGAUAGCUUCUUCAAUUACUAUCAGCAAUGGCCUAGCCUGGAGUCAUGAUAACAAAAUAUUUUAUUUUAUUGAUUCACCAACUUAUGAAGUUUUUGCCUAUGAUUUUGAUGAAGAAACUGGUGAUAUUUCAAACAAGAAAACAAUAUUUAAUUUUAUUGAGAAUGGUAUCCCUGGAAUACCUGAUGGAAUGACGAUUGAUAAAUCAGGAAAUCUUUGGAUCGCUUGUUACGAUGGUGGAAUGGUGAUUCAAAUCAAUCCCAAUACUAGUGAACUGAUGCGUCAAAUUGAAGUACCAUCAAAAGAGACAACGAGUGUGGCAUUUGGUGGUAAAAACCGAGAUAUUCUUUAUGUAACGUCAGCAAGACAAAAAGAAACAGAAAAUGAUAAACAACCAAUGGCAGGAUGUCUUUUUGAAAUCCAUGGCCUUGGUGAAACUGGAAAUCCUAUGAUGGCUGUUAAAAUUUAAAUUUUUAUUAAGUUUUGUUUCAAAGAUCCUUGUACUCUGUUAUAUAAAAAAUAACUUUUUAAAUACUAAUAAAUAAUAAACAUAAAUAACUACUAAAAAUAA